AGCUACAUGUCAUCCUUCACUUUGGCAUUGUCUCUUUUAAACAUUCUUCCGGCUUUUCAUUUAGAUGGCGAAUACGCCCUGAGCAAUUUCAUAACUCUCCUGAUAGCUAGCGACCGGUACGAUGACCAAAGCAUGUCAACGAGUGGAAUGUUCAUACGCCAGAGGGCAAAGCGAAUCGAGGCGUUAAUCGUGCGAACCAUAUCUGUGGUGGUUGGCGUCGUUAUUGUUGGUAGCAUUCUUGUCGGAAUACUCAAUGCUGCUGUUUGAGAUACCCAAGGUCGGUAGCAUAGCCGAUUCUGUACCUAUAGCUCAUAUUCAUUUCCACAUUGUAUAUAUUUAUUGUGCUUUUUCAUCUGCACACCGUGCAUCAUAGACACUAACAAAUAUCCAUUUAAGUUUUCCUCGUCCCGCACAUCCGAUACUGGCUAUGUCAUUUUGAAAAGCAU